AAAAAAAAAACAGUAGAACCAACUAAAUCAGUAGUAGACCGAAAUGCAUUGGAUUCCAAUUUUUCUCUUCAAAUUAACAGUUCUACCAAAUGCGAUCUACAUUUAUGCAAAACUGUCACCUGAAGAUUCUUCCAAGUCAGCCGAGAUGUUGAGCUAUGUUUUGUCGCCCUACCACCAGAAUUUCACCAAAAAUGGUCAUCUACACAACGACAAUGACCUCAAUGGCAUUGACUUGCAAUUGGUGAGCAAUGGUGGUCACCAGUAUGAUAUCAAAACUUACGACAAAAGAGGUAAUCAUAAGAACGACGACAAUGAUAGCGAACGACGACGAGCAGAAAGCGAAAGAGGAGAUGCCGGGGAGCAAAAAUCAACAAAAGAAGGAGCAAAAGUUACAGAAGCAAUAGAAGAAAAGGAAUAUUUACAGAACAAUACAAUGUACAAAUACAAAGAAUUCCUUACAAAGCAGCGUAACAACAACAACAAUAACAGUAACUACCAUAAAACCACAACAAAGACGAGUAACAAAAAACAAACAAACACUUUGAGUGAGAAAGCAACGAUGGUGACAAAAGCGAAUGCGGGCUUGUCGAUGCGGGUCAAAAAUGAUUUGCACAAAGUUGAUGACAUAAAUGAAACGAGCAGAAAUCGCACCGAAACAACAACCAACACAAUUAGAAGAAUAAUAGCAACAACGCCACAAAACACAAAGCAAGCCUCUCUAACAAGUAUCGGCCGAGACGCUAUCGUUGGCAACAAGGGAAGAGGUGCAGUGCUAAAUAGCGCCAAACCGAAUGCUACACAAGAACAGGCAGUCAAUACGAAACUGUAUUACCUCUCCGGAUUCCUUAAUCCAUUCGGACAAUUAGUCGCCUUCUUUGGCAGCGAUCAACUGCAUCUGCAGGAUUAUACUUUAUUUUUCAAUGCCGAACGGCAUACAGUGUUUCAGUUGCACACCAAUAACAACAACAACAACGCUUUGCAAUCAACUGUAACUACUGGUAGUGGGCGUGUAUUGAACGUGGCCCCCGAUUCUUUUGUGUCAGCGUUUGGUGCUAAUGCGCCAACGGCAGAUAUAUCGCCCGUCACUCCCUACCACUCGUCGUCGGCCUCGUCGAUCAUCGUCGAGGAGGUGCAGCUGUACAAUGGCAAAUCCUUGCGGCAGUCACGUUUCAGCCCUUUCAAUCCAACGCGUAUUCUCAUUCACGGUUGGUUUGGUGGCGCGAAUGCAGGCGUCUAUCAGACGCUUGUGCCCACUUAUCUUCAGCAAGGCGCUGGCAAUUACAACGUCUUCACCGUCGACUGGGGCCGAGGCGCUGUUGCAGACUAUAUUACCGCCAGCUACCGUGUCAAGCCAGUCGGUAAAGUGCUAGCAAAAUUCAUCGAUUUCCUACAACGUGAAGCUGGCAUACGCUAUGAGGAUCUGCACGUUAUUGGCUUCAGCAUGGGCGCACACAUUGCCGGCAUCGCUGGAAAACACAUACAAACCGGCCGUUUGCCAGUGAUCUAUGCACUCGAUCCAGCGCUGCCGUUCUUUCGCUACGAGAAUUUCGAUGAACGCAUAGCAAUCACCGAUGCCGAUUAUGUUGAGGUGGUACACACAAGCGUCGGCUCAUAUGGCUACGAUCAACCGCUUGGACAUGUGGAUUUUUAUGUGAACUAUGGCAGCGCGCAGCCGGGCUGUUUUUUCAAUGAAUGCAGUCACUUUCGUGCAUUUCAAAUAUUCGCUGAGUCACUACAAGGGAAACACGCAUUUCGCGCGCAGGGUUGCGAUGUAAAGCUAUGGCAGGAUAUGAUCAAGCAUAGAAGGUGUUCGAUGGGCACAGGAAGGCAAAUGCUGCUGGGUGGCGAUCCGACAAAUGUGAUGGCGUUGCGUGGACGUGGCGGUGUAUUUUAUUUGGCGACGAAUGCAGUGUCCCCCUAUGCGAAAGAUGUAACGUGAUAUAGAGAAAAUGGACGGGUAGGAGAGUCAAUAAAAAAAAAUCGCAAAACAAAAAAUAGGGUAAACAUGUUUUGCUUUGCAUAAUACACCCUUGCUAGAAAUAUGUAAUCAAAAGGAA